UUUAAGACUUUAGAUAUUUUUUUUCUCAAUCCUCCAAAGAUGGAGGUGAACUUGAAAUCCUUAGUGUUGUGGUGUGCGCUUUUGUUCAUUGGAGUCUACGCAAGAGGUGAACUGGAUACUCGUUCUGAGGUUGAUGAAGUUUGCGGUGACUACGACGAAAUUGAUAUAUGCCAAAAUGGUGGCAAAUGCAUUAGAACAGGAAAAGAUUCAUUUUGCAAGUGCAGAAAAGGAACAAGUGGAAAUUUAUGCGAAACUAUCGACGACUGCGAGAGGAAAAUUUGCGGUCAAGGCACGGGAAAAGACGUAUUUUGCAUGUAUGAUCCAAGAAUAGAUUCAGCAGUCUGUAUUUGUAAACAAAAAGACUUGGCAUUCGACAGAAUAGAGGGAGAAUGCAGACGACAUUGCAGCACAGAUGACGACUGUGCCAACGGAGCAACUUGCUUGCAAGAGGGAAUCGGUGACAAAGAAAAUAUUGCUGUUAGUCCGUACGACCUGAAGUUCUGCAGAUGUCUUCCAGGCACGAUUGGAGUUAAAUGCGAAACUGUACUGAGCUGCAUCAAAGCAAACGAUUUCUGUGGAAAGGAUUCGAACGCAACUUGCUACUACGAUGUCAAAGAUAAAAUAGCAAAAUGUGCCUGCCCCGUCGCCAACGAGGUCUAUGAUGAUGUGAACAAGAUUUGCAAAGAGUGCACUUGCGGUGAUAAAGGAGAAAACUGCACAUAUAAGGAAGGAGUAAAACAUUGCGAUUGUGAAGAAGGAUUUUAUGAUGUCGGUGGAACUUGCAAAGAUUGCAAGUGUGGUCCACAGGCUACUGGGUGCUCGUAUGAAGAUGGAAAGAAAAUUUGUCAUUGCGAGGAAGGUUUCAAGCAAAAUGGCGAGGUCUGUGAGAACUGCAAUUGCAGAAGAAACUACAAGGACUGUGACUUCAUCGAUGGAGAAAUGACGUGCACUUGUGAGGAUGGUUAUGCUCAAAAAGGAGAUAUGUGUGUUGAGGCCUGCAGUGACGACCGCCCUUGCAAGAACGGUGGAAGCUGCAAGAAUGGAAUCUGCACUUGCAAGAAAGGAACAGGUGGUAAUUUUUGUCAGAUUGUGACAAAAUGCGAGUAUGACAAUCCUUGUCCACAAGUCUAUGAUAUCAUCUGUGCAUACGACGAGGAAAUUGAGGACGCAUUUUGCAAGUGCACGGCCUUCGAUGAAGUUUAUGUGAAAGACCAAAAGAAAUGCAUAAAGACUUGCAGCGAUGAAAAUCCAUGUGAAAACGGAGGACAGUGUGUGGAUGAAACAGAGGAAAACUGUGUAAAUGCUUGAAAGGAACUUCAGGAGAUUUGUGCGAGACGAUCGACAAGUGCGAAGAUAUCGAAAA